CGUACGACCAGAAACCCACUCAGCGAAUAGCGUCCACGCGUCCAUGUGCCGGUCACGCGAUACAACAUCGCGAUGGUGUAGAAUAUUUUUUUCGCUCUUACAAACGGUUUGACAUUCAGCCGCGGCGGACCUGCACGAGCGCGCGCUCAGACGAGAACGGAUAUAAAACGUAUAAAACACGUAUAAUAUAUAAUUGUUGUUGAUACCAUUAAUACCGCGCAGGUACCGCGUCUUAGGUACCGAAUUUUUUUCCGAACAUUUCGUUCACGGAUUUUCACCCGCGCUGUAUCGUUGCCAGGAACGUUUCGACGUCUCAUUCCGCCGCCGCGUCACACGUCGGUCCAACUCGAGUGGCCGCGUUCGGUUCGAUACAUAUUAUUAAAUAUUAAAUAAUAAUAUCGUUGUAAUAUUAUUUAUAAAGUGCCAGUUGGCCGCGACUAAUACCGCAGUAAAUAUAGUAAUAUUUUUGUUUUAUAAUACCUACUACUUAGUUUCGUGUUAUUUGUUAUUCGGUCCGUUACGAACAGGGUCCGUAGGCCGUGGCAGUUUACAUUGAAAAAUUCAUCGGCAGGUGAUCAAUAAAUACGUUCAGCGGACAUGUCAUCCGAAGAACAAAAGUUAUCGAAGUUUUUUUUCAUUUCUGACGUUCGAUAAAUGGCUUCACAUAUAAUACCAUUAGAACAUAACAAUACCGAAAAUGAAAUGCGAUUGCCGAGGAAUAAACGUUUUAACGUAUUUCAUAUGCCUCUCUUUUAUACCAGUGUCAUUGUGCCUAAUGCAGAACGUAUUAAAUCUGAAUUACUGGCAAUGUGUAAUGAAAAGAACGGAUCAAUGUCCAGACAUGGAUAUCAAAAUAUUUUUGUAUUCCAGCGGUGCUAAACGAAAAAAAUUGAUCGAUGUUCGAAACAAGAACACACUCCGGUACAGCGGUUGGGAUCCUAGCAAAAAAAACGUCAUCAUUAUUCAUGGUUUUAAUGGAACAGAAAGCAAGACCCCGAUGACAAUCAUCAGAAACGCGUACCUGAACCGAAAAGACUUCAACGUGUUCACCGUGGACUGGGAGCCGCUGACGUUCUUCCCAUGUUACCUGUCCUCGCUGAGCAACACCAGGCUGGUGGCCCAGUGUACGGCCCAGUUCUACGCCCACCUCACCUAUUCAGGGGCAUCGGCGUACGACAUACACUGCGUCGGCCACAGUCUCGGGGCCCACAUAUGCGGCAUGAUAAGCAACCACUUGACGCACAGACAGCACAAGAUCAUAGGUCUAGAUCCAGCCAGGCCGCUGGUGGACAGGUACGGUUCAGCCGAGUUCCGGUUGACCAGGGACGACGCGACCACGGUUCAGGUGAUUCACACGAACGCUGGAUUCCUCGGAGAGGCGCCACAAGUGGGACACGUCGACUUUUGCGUGAACGGCGGGCGCCUGCAGCCCAGCUGCGCCAAGGAGCCUAGGAAUAUCCGUAAUAAUUAUUGCUCGUCGCCGGUCUGGCGGAACGAUCCAUUAGCACAACUAAGAUGUAGACUGCGGAUACCUGUUGGACGGCGAAGUAUAGUAGUGACUGACGGUGUGUAUAAGCAAAUAUUUUUGAAAGGUUUUUUUUUUUGGGAAAUUUUGCUUAAAAGAUUUUGGUCGCGAAAACGCUUUUUGUAGUUGUUGGCGCGUGCAUUGUACAUUUUAUAAUAGUAGGUAUGUAGCGAAACGUUCCAUUAUAUUUUUACUAUACAAUAUAAGUCGCGUAAUAUUAGAAAUAUUUGCAUAUUAUUUAGAAAUAUUAGAAAAACGGUCGUCAAGCAUUAAAAUAAAGAAAAUAUUAUACGCUCUAUGCUCGGACGAACGCACCGCGCGAAUAUAACAUAUUAUUAUGUGUUAUAAUGUAAUUAUUAUUAUUAUACACGCUUAUUUUGUAUAUCGGCCAUCGGGUGUGGCCAAAAGGUCGAUCGCAACAUGAUUUUCAGUCGAUUGCAAAUCGCUAUCGUCUUAACCUAAACAAUUUUUUUAGAAAACAAAGUAUAAUAAUAUUAUAUGUGGUAAGUUUCUCGUAAAUUAAGUUUUUGUCUUUUCUUGUCUUUGUUUUCCACGAAAAAAAUCAUUACAAUUACACAAAUUUUACACGAAUCCUAGACCCAUUUGGUUUCACAGUGCAAUAUCGCCAAUAUCCCAUGUUUAUUUUAUACUUAAUAAGACCGUAUUUUCAUAUACAUAGGUAUAUAAGUACUUGGAUUUUUUUUUCACGCCAUUUAAGGAGUAUCCAGUGGCGGUAUAAAAAUCUAUUUUCCUAAAGAGAACCACCCUUCUUUACUUUAAGUUAAGAUGAUUUUUUUAAAAACUUAGAUGCAUAGGCAUAAUCUAAAUCGAAAUUCAAACCAAUAGUUUCCGAAUUGUUAAAACGUAUUUACUAAUAAGAAUACCACUUAAUGGUUUUGCAUCAAAUAUUAAAUAUAUAUGAUAUUUUUAGUCCAGUAUUUACCAUACUUUGACAAAUAAUUAAUUAAUUAAUUACUAUAUUUUCAAAUCAACAUAGCCCCCACGGCCCACAUCUUUCAAACCUACAUUAUCAUGGUCUAUUAUUCUUAUAUAGGACUUAAAGUAUAACUUAGAAACAACUCAUUUGAAAUUCAAUUUGUAUAGGUACAUCAACUUGAAAAAAAAUUGGGGGGGACUCAGUAGGAAUGGCGAACCAGUUUAUUAGUUUAUUACACAAAAAAAUUAACUAAUCGUGAAAUUCCUCACGAACAUGUGUACUUUAUAAUUAAUAUACUAUUUAUAAAUAUUUUUCGAUAUGUAUAGCCGUAUAGGUAAUAAUAUUUUGAAUACUAAAACAAAAUAAAUCGUAUUUUUAUAUCGUCUGUACAAUUUUGCGACGGCUGAUUUGCGGUGGGUAAGUAUACCAUAUUUAUAUUUGAUAGCAGGUAUGACAUAAUGAAAUACCAUUAUUAUAUAUGUAGUCUGUCCAGCUGUAUACAAUUUCUAUGAUGUAUUAUUUAUCGUAUAGUAUUUUGUAAAAUGUAAAUUCAAUUAUGAGUAUAAAUGGUUAAAUGGUGGCUUUUACUGUAUUUUAGUUGAGCUUGGUGUAUAUACAGAGUGAUUCUUUUACCACAAUCAUACAGUAAUUUCCUCGGUGUCAUCAUUUAUUUGUAUAGCUACAUAUUCUGAAAUAAUUAAAACAAAACAUUUUUUUAAUAAGAAUUCUAUUUUGUUUUAUAUCUGAUGGAAAGAAAAUAAUUUUUACUAACAAUCACAUGUAUCAAUUACCGAUAAAAUGACUGAACAGCGAUAAAAGGAAUACUCUGUAUAAUAUAAGCGGACGCCAAAACCACAUAUUAUGUGUUGUCUCCGUCUUAUACGAACGUAUAUCAAGGUGAAUUUAUGUUCGGCUGCAGCUCCAAUUUUGUGUAGUUAGCUUAACAGCAUAUAGCUAACCAUUUCGGUACUCUGCGCUGAACGCAAAUUUUCCAUCGUACUAUACCUAUAGGUACAUUUCGUAAGACGGAGACUACACGUCAUAUAUUAUAAUAUUAUAUGCGGCCAUGGCGUCCUCUUAAGACGACGCGUAUAUAUAUAUCGUUGUAUCGUGCGCUUAUACAAUAUAAUAAUACCUAUUAUAGUAUAUACCCGCCUAUGGCCUAUAUAUAUUAUAUUAUAUUAUAUACAAUACAGCUGUAGUGCUGCAGCGAUAUAUUAAUUUACUUUAUAGUUUACCUAUAACUAUACAAUAUGUAUUUAUUAUAUGACGUUCGACGAUAUAACUAUAUAAAUAUAUAUACAUAAUAUAUUAUGUAGAGUCACAUUAUUAUUAUUAUUAUAUUUGUUAUACUGAUCCGCGUCUUUAAUGAGAGUCGGUCGUCCGUGUGCGC